CCAUCUUUACUCGCUUACAUCCGACACAGGCAGAGUCUAACUCUGCGAGCGGGUGUAGUUUGUGUUUCAGGUACGAUCCCGUACGACGGCAUCGUGCUUCCGCCGCCGCCGCCGGUCGACGUACGGUACCCGGUGACGACUGACUACUACUGGGGCACCAUCGAACACAACACGUCCGUGGUGCCCGCCGGAGGAGGGUUCGACCUCGGUAACGGACCGUUCGGGUUCCGGUCCUCGGUCACACUGCCCGGAGACUCGUGUAUGCGUCAUGCGAGCUUCAUGAGAGAGGGCGACACGUGCGUGCACGAUCCGUCCACCUGCGCCAACGGCAUCUCGUUCAGCCUGUGGCACCGGUGCAGCUUCGACUCGGACGCGUUUACGCCGCGCGAGGGUUUGCCCUACCGCUAUCUCGUCAGCACAGGCGGAGACGAGGCGUCGCCCGGUAUUGCCAUCUACCUACAGGGAAUGGUCCUCGGGGCUCUGGUGUCCACCGGUAACAAGUUCUGGCGCGUCGAGACGAUCGGACUUCUGCCGAACAACACCUGGAACAACAUCGGUGUGCGCUGGAGGCCGCCAGCCCAGAACGGCUCCGAACAGGAGUUCACCGGCCUUCAGCUGUACAUUAACCAGCAGCCGGCUGCAAUGGUAAUCCACGGACAGACACCCAACACCACAGCGCAGCCGCCGCUCGACCCGCCAGAGUUCAUGGUGGGCUGUCACAAGACCUCCGCUGACACGGACUACAGUCACUUCUGUCCGUGCGAGUUUGACGAGAUAGCGCUCUGGAAGAGAGCGCUUCUCACCAACGAGACCAUCUUCUUCAUCGGAGGACUGGAGGAGGACUACGCCGGCAUGUCCGCAGAGGUUUUCGCCGAUAUUCUGCGGGGAGUGGACCUCACCGAUCCGGAUCAGCAGUCGGUGGCUGUGUCGAUCGCCAGCAAGAUGGUUGAUAACCCGGAGAAGUCCAUCGAUAAUCCACUCAGCUCGCUGAAAAAGCCGGAGCAAGAGGAAGAAGAUGAGGAAGCAGAGGAGGAAGAAGAGGAGGAGGAUGAAGAUGCGAAGGCGGCGCUCCGGCUGGCCACCCAGGGCCAGAUCUCCAAGAUGCACGUGCUGGCCGACCUGCUGUUCACCAUGACGGCUCCGGAGGUGGUGAAGCCCAACCAGACCGAACAGGAGCUCAACACCUUCAUGAACUUGGUGAACUUGGCUUCUCAACUUCUCGAAAAUAAGCACCACAAUAAAUGGAAGGGAAUCGAGCUACAGAAUAACAAAAAGGAACGCGAGCAGAAGAUCCUGAAGGAGGAAGUCCAACUAGAUGGUGAGUCGUCGGACAUGAUUGACCGUCUGGAGAUGUACGCGCUGUCCUCGGUGACCAGCAUGGUGCCGAAGGUGGUGAACGGCUCUCUGGUCGACAUGUUCGUCCACAAACCCUCCGCCAACGUGGACAUGUACAUCGAGCAGCGGAGCGUGGACAGCCUGCGGCAGGAGCAGAUGGCGCCGCUUCCCAGCGACAACCCGCGCCGACUCGACAGCAUUCAGA